GCUUACUGGUACCAACGUCUCGGGUAGCGAACCGACCCAGCAAGAUCCGAUUCAGAUUGCCGGAUUGGGUCUAGUCUCCGCGCGGAUGUCUUGGCUGGGGUCCGAUCGGAUUAGGCUUAGUCUCCGUUGCAGCUUCAGUUACCAGUUAACCAGUUACGCCAUCCGAGCCCUUCCUCUGCCCCCCCCAGACGAUAAAUACCGGGCUGGCGGCCGGGUUGGGAGAGUUAUUCAUCAGUCAAGCUCUUUUUACUAUUAGUGUGAUCACUACUGUCUCUUCUUCUUCUCCUCCUUCUAAUUGUUCUCUUCAUUUGACACAAGAAACAUCACAACAAUCAUGUCUUUCCCCUACCAGAAGGUCCUCAUCAUCGGCGCCACCUCCGGCAUCGGCAAGUCCCUAGCCACCAAGCUGGUUGAGAAUGGCAUCCGCGUGGUGGUCGCCGGCCGCCGCAAGGAGAACCUGGAUGCGUUCGUCGCCCAGCACGGCAGCGACAAGGUCGACUCUGCGGUCUUCGACGUGAUGCAGCUCGAGAAGAUCCCCGAAUUCGCCGCCACCAUCACCGCCGCCCACCCGGACCUGGACUGCAUCUUCGUGAACAGCGGCAUCCAGCGGCCGUUCGACUUCGCGAAGCCCGAGACGGUGGACCUGGACGUCUUCGACCAGGAGCUGAUCACCAACUACACGUCGGCGGUGCGCCUUACCAAGGCGUUCCUGCCGCACCUGCAGCAGCAGCCCCGCCCGACGGCGCUGGUCUACACGACCUCGCAGAUGGCGCUAGUGCCCAUGAUGCGGUGCCCCAACUACGGCGCCUCCAAGGCGGCGCUGCACCACUUCAUCCUGGCGCUGCGCACGCAGCUGCAGGAGGGCGCCGGCAACGUCCGCGUGCUGGAGAUCUACCCGCCCGCCGUGCAGACCGAGCUGCACGACGCCAAGCACCAGCCCGACCUCAAGGACGGCCACCUCAUCGGCAUGCCGUUGCAGGAGUUCGUGGACGAGGUCUGGGCCCGGCUCGGCAAGGGCGAGGACCAGAUCCCCGUCGGCUCCGCCGCCGAGAUCUUCCAGGCCUUCGAGGUCAAGCGCCAGGAGUUGUACAAGGGGAUGACCGAGUUGUUGUCGGGUUUGUUGAAGCAGUUCUUGCGCGAGUAAGAGCCACUUCUGCAAAUGGAUGAAGUCAGGUUUAUGAUGGAUGAAAUGUGAUGUUUGCUUUUGUGGUGCAUGUUGCAUAUAGGAGU